CUCCCUCCUCUUUCCCUCUGUUGCGCAGCACCGCGGGACUAGAGCACUAUACUCACUAUGGCAUCCACCACAGCACGGACUCUCUUAGUGCUUUUCGCCACCUUCUGUGCAUCAAGUACUGGAUCAACAGCCGACAAGCCCCUGCGGCCGCGGAACGUGCAGCUGACGUUGGUGGACAAGGGCCUGAGGGUAAGCUGGGAACCUCCCAACGAGCUGGACGGUCGGCCGGUGGACCGCUACAACAUUGGCUACGGCAAGUCCAUGAGGACACUCCGCUUCAUCAAGGUGGACAAGGACAGACGGUCCAAGGUACUGGAGGAUGUAGAGCCCGGAGUUCUGCACUUUCUCAAGAUGAGUGCCGAGAACAAGGAGGGGAUAAGCAAACCUGUGUACAGAGCAGAGACGCCAGGAGGUGGUGAGUGGGUCAAACUGGAUGGCUUCGCAGUGGCGGACGGGGCACUUGUUAACGCAUCAACUCCAGCUCGUCCAUCUCCUACUCCAGACAUGUGGACCAGGGCUAACUCCUCUGUCGGGAUCCCCGUGAGAGUGGUUGAUGGGGGGGUGCGCCCAUCAGGCCUGACCUCCUCCAGGGGGCAGCGGAUCCAGAGACCCCCCCAAUCAUCCUCCGGCCCUCGUCAGCCAGAUAGGGCCAGGGCAGGGACACCCCUGCUGGACCAGAGGUCCCAACACCACCACCACACCCAGCCACAGGCUGACCAGAGAAACAGACACAACCCCAAACUAGCGUCUGAGUCCAUCUAUGUGGUAUCACUGCAGGCACAGAGAGCCACGGGGCGGAGCGUGCCAAGCAACAGAGCCACCCUGACCAAAAAAACUCCCCCAGAGCCUGAGGAGUAUGAGGCCAAAGACAUUGGUGUGAGGGUCAUGUCCCCUCAGUCUGUCCUCAUCAGCUGGGUGGACCCGGCUAUCGAGAUGGAGAAGGUCCUACCUGGUGGCUCCAGACACUACACAGUGAAGUACAGGGAGAAGGGUGAGUCUGCUCGAUGGGAGUACAAGGAGACCAACCAGAGGAGGCUGCUGAUAGAUACCCUGUCAGCUGACGGGAUGUACGAGUUCUCCGUCCGAAUCUCCCAGGGAGACAACCACGGCAAGUGGAGCGUGUCCGUGUUCCAGAGGACCCCAGAAUCUGCUCCCUCUGGUCCUCCGGAGAACUUUGAUGUGAAGCCACUGAGAGGGAAGGGAACCGCUGUCACGGCGACCUGGGACCCACCUGAGGAACCCAAUGGGAGGAUACGAGAGUACAUAAUGUCCUAUGCUCCUGCCAUGAAACCUUUUGGGAUGAAGUCAGUGACAUACCGCGGCAGCACCACCUCAGCCAUCAUAGACGGCUUCCUGCCUGGGGACCUCUACAUCUUCAAGAUCAGAGCCACCAACAGGAGGGGCCAGGGUCCCCAGACCAAAGCCUUUAGCGUAGCCAUGCCUGGAGGCACCGCCAGCAGUGCUGCCUCCUCGCCAACUCAAGGUGGCCGUAGAACCAGCUACACCCCCUCUCAGGCGUCCAAACAGGACAGUUACCGUGACGAUGUCGUCAACCUCCAAUUAGAAGACGUGACCAAGGAGCCGACCACACCCACUCAGACCACAUCUGCCCCGCCCACCUCCAGGCGGACACGGCCCCUCACCAAGACACGCUCCUAUCACAGCAUCUUCUCAGAUGUGAGGGGCACGGUCAGGAACAGGGCGACCAAUCAGCGACUAGGAGCCGGUACUGCUCCAGCCAGAGACAAGGGGAGAAAGACAGAAGCAGAGGAUGAACAGGAGGAGGAGAACAAAACAACAGAAACCACUCGAGACGAAGAGGAGGAGAAGCUCACUAACGAAGAUGUGGAGGAGAAGAAAGAAGCAGUGACUCAGAACAAUGUUGUUCCUUCUACACCUGAGGACAGUGGCUACGUCAGAGGGAGAGGUAAAGGGAAGGAUGUAGAUGAGCCCUCCAGACCCAGCCUCAAAACAGAAGUUCCCUCAUCAGAGGGCUCCUCAUCAUCCUCUAAACCCUCCUACCCUCUCCGCAAACCUCUCUCUGGCAGACGCAUCAAUUCUGGUCGAAGACCAUUCUCCCGGACAUCAGUCUCAGGGUCAGUGUCCCAGUCAAAGACACAGGAUGCAGAAAAGGACAGCGCCUCCUCAUCCUCCUCAUCUUCUUCGUCCUCCAGCCCAUCCCCCAACGAGGAGUCUGCAGCCAUCAGGAAGGACGACACUGUCACCAACUACUCCGAGGGCAAAAAGACCUACAACCAGCCAAGUGCCACAGCGGCCAAACCCUCCACCUCAACCCCUAACCCAAACCAGGCCGCCUCAGAGCCCAAGACCGAGGCACCAUCUGUGGGAAGAGGAUCUGCUCUGCCGGGCCGUGGAUAUGGUUAUGGCAGGCGGAAACCCGGGAUCCUGUCUCGAGGGAAUCCAAAUGGCCAGGUUUUUACUGGACUCAUCAAACCUGGGUCAGAAUCGACUUCCGCCGGCAUGUCCCAGUCCACUCUACCAACCAAAGGCAAGAUCCCAGAAACAUCACACACUCACGGCUCACACACUCCUAGCACACAGGACUUAACACACCACCAAGACAAUAAUGACUACAACGACUACAAAGUCACAGAGGCAGAGGCCACCAAAGAAGAAGAACCCACUUCCAGUUCCCGGACCAUUUCCACUAAACAUUCUUCUGAGGACAGGACACAGGACAAGAGAGAGGAGGGGGGGAGGGGAGACAGGAGAGAGGAGCGAGGGAGGGGAGAUAGGAGAGGGGAUGGAGAGAUGGAAAACAGGAAAGAGGAGGGAGCGAGGGGAGACAGGAGAGAGGAGGGAGAGAUGGAAAACAGGAAAGAGGAGGGAGGGAGGGGGGAGAACUACUACAACACCCCAGCUCCCCCACCUUCCAAGACACCUGCUCCCCCUGCCUCCAGGAUUAACCCCUUUGUGAAACGGCACCAGAGCAGGUUUGGAACAGGGAUGGGGAGCAGUAGCAAGGUGUCUUCCCCCCGCGCGGACGGGAGGGUUCCCUGGAGCAGGACAGCCUCCUCAUCCUCUGUUGGGGCUGGAAGACCCAUCCUGAGAGGAUUCCCCUCUAGGACAGCUGCCUCGGGGGCAGCAUCUGCCUCAGGGGCAUCAAGGACCUCCGCAGUGCAGGAGACCAGUGAGGAUGCUAAAAAACCCUCCACCCUUUAUCCGUUAAAGAAUGGGGUGGGGGCUGGGGCACUUAAACCCUCUCUGCCCAACAGGAAUACUGUUCUAGGUGAAUCGAGGAAUCCCAUCACCUCCUCUUCUUCUUCUUUCUCCUCAUCCUCCUCCAGUAGUCGUAGAGACUCCAGUGAGCCCGUCCACAGAGGAAGCAGCACCAGGGAAGACAGCAGUAAUGACCAUAAGGAGGACUAUCUCUACAAGGGGAGUAAGGAGAUGUAUGAGUGGAAUGAGAAAGUCACAGACCCAACCACCGCCCCCAAAACUACUGCCACCACUACCACUGCCACCACUACCACUACCUCAGCCCCAACUACCGCCCGCAGGGUGCCCCAGAGUAGGGCCAUCGAGAGUGUGGACAGGGAAGCCACACCUGGUAGAACCAGGCCCAGUUUCGUCCCCGGUUCUACGCUCCCCCGCCGUACCAUUAUAGGUCCCAACGGGAGGGUGCGAUCUCCCCUGCUCAUAAACAGGCAGACAGGUUCUAGGUUCCCGCUUAGAGCACAACCAGCACAGAGCACACGGUUAGGUUCCUCCAACACAAACACAUCUUCUUCCUCUUCUUCCUCUUCCUCCUCUAGUCUGUCGCAGCCAGAUCACGGGGUUAGCGGGGCCGCUAGUGUUAGCACUGGAGGCUCCUCCCCUUCCCUCUCUCGCCCCUCCCACAGACAGACCUCCAUCGGCAGCACCCAGGGAUCUCAAGGCUCCUCUUCCUCCUCGUCAUUCUCAUCCAGAGACUCUGUGGUGGGCCAGGGUACAAGGACACGCUACCCCAGCCGGUCAGACCCCCAUCUCAGGAGUAAAGCCCCCAGUGGAGGCCUCAAGCCCAGCUACGGAAAUGGUCAUGGAAAUGGUAAAAAUGGCCGCCCCAAUCUCACGGCGACCAGUGACAAAGAGUCCAGCACAUCCAAUGACAACACCAAACCUAAUGGAAGAAGGUACAUCACUGGGCCUGAUGGAGCCAAGUGGGUGUUGGACUUGGAUAAGGGGGUCCUGAUGAACGAGGAUGGCAGGGUUCUCCAGGACUCUCAGGGCCAACCCAAGAGGGUGGUUCUGGGAGAGGACGGACGCACCAUCUUUGACCACCAGGGCAGCCCAUUGGUGAACCAGGAGGGCCAGGCUCUGUUUGGUCACGGACGGGAAAGCCAACCGGUGGUCAACCCCAAAGACAAGUUCCUGACUGUGGGUGGCAAACCCAUCAUUGGCCUGGACCAGGCUAAACCAAGGACCACAACCACAACCAGACCUCCUACCACGACCACACCUGAACCGACAACGCUACCAACCACCACUGAAAUGUCCACAGAGGAGACUAUAACCAUGCCGGUGUUCCCGACCUGUCCUCCAGGAACAUUUUUGAUCAGGGAUGAUGAGGGAUUCCCAAUGCUGGAUGCUGAUGGCAUCCUGGACUGUUAUCCUGAAGAGGAAUCCUCGGGACUGGAAACGGACUCUAUGGAUGAGUUGUUGUGGCAGACCACGCUGCCACCCACGCUGCCCCCCACCACCACCACCACGACAGACCACCCUACUCCUGAACCAGACACCAGGCCCUUCAACAAUAGCCCCUCCAAUGAGUUCGACCUCACCGGGAAGAAACGCUUCACAGCUCCGUAUGUGAACUUCAUCCAGAAGGAUCCGGGCGCUCCGUGCUCGCUGACGGAGGCUCUGGAAUACCUACAGGUGGACGUCCUGGAAAACCUGCUCAAGAAAGACAGCCUGGCUACUAAUCAGAAACAGCCGCCCAAAAACAAGCCCCACAACAUCACGGUGGUCGCCAUGGAAGGCUGUCACUCAUUCGUCAUCCUGGACUGGGCCAUCCCACUGAAGGAUGACAUGGUGUCAGGCUACAUGGUCCACAGUGCCUCAUACGAUGACGUCCUUAACAACAGGUGGUCCUCCAGUGCAUCCAGCGGCUCACAUCUGGCUGUUGAAAACCUCAAACCUAACUCCAGGUACUACUUCAAAGUGCAGGCGAAGAAUGUCUUUGGGCUGGGACCGGUCAGCGAUACAAUCACCUAUGUCACUGAGUCAGACGACCCUCUUCUUAUUGAACGACCACCUGGUGGAGAGCCUAUCUGGAUCCCCUUUUCCUUCCGAUACAACCCCCAGCACAGUGCCUGUAAGGGCAGCCAGUACGUCAAGAGGACAUGGUACAGAAAGUUUGUAGGUGUGGUCCUCUGCAACUCACUGAGAUACAAGAUCUUCAUGGGAGAUGGGCUGAAAGAAACAUUCUACAGUAUAGCAGACACAUUCGGUCAUGGGGAGGACCACUGCCAGUUUGUAGACUCUUACCUAGAUGGGAGGACAGGCUCCCCCAACCUCUCAAUGCAUCUGCCAACAGCACAAGGUUACUAUCGCUCAUACAGGCAGGAGCCAGUGAACUUUGGACCUAUCGGCCGGCGUACGCCACAUCUCUUCGGAGGAUGGUAUGAGUGCGGGGUGCCCAUCCCUGGCAAGUGGUAACACAGGGGGUCACAAAGAGUUCGUCAUUGAGGUCAACCCAACUCCAUCCUGCUGCAGCCUUUCUCAUGCUGUUACUGACCCCACCCCCUGGAGAUAAACUGUUGCUAACCACAGCAGAAAGACAACAACAUUCCAAAUGUAUACUACUUCAGAUUGAAGAGAAUAUAAUACUUUAAACAACAAUUAAUAUUUCCAUGUAUUCAUUAACAUGCACUUUUAUAAAAGCAGUCUGUAUAUGAGGGAGGAAAAGCAUGUACAGUUGCUUGCGAAAGUAUUCACCCCCCCUUGGCAUUUGUCCUAUUUUGUUGCCUUACUACCUGGAAUUAAAAUGUAUUUUUGGGGGGGUUGUAUCAUUUGAUUUACACAACAUGCCUACCACUUUGAAGAUGCACAAAAAAAUGUAUUGUGAAAAAAAAGAAGAAAACUUGAAAAUGUGCAUAACAAUUCAAAGUCAAUACUUUGUAGAGCCACCUUUUGCAGCAAUUACAGCUGCAAGUCUCUUGGGGUAUGUCUCUAAGCUUGGCACAUCUAGCCACUGGGAUUUUUGUUGCCCAUUCUUCAAGGCAAAACUGCUCUAGCUCCUUCUAGUGGGAUGGGUUCCGCUGGUGUACAGCAAUCUUUAAGUCAUACCACAGAUUGGAUUGAGGUCUGGGCUUUGACUAGGCCAUUCCAAGACAUUUAAAUGUUUCCCCUUAAAACACUCAAGUGUUUCUUUAGCGGUAUGCUUAGGGUCAUUGUCCUGCUCAAAUCUCUGGAAGACUGAAACAGAGUUUCCUCAAUAAUUUCCCUGUAUUUAGCACCAUCCAUCAUUCCUUCAAUUCUGACCAGUUUCCCAGUCCCUGGAGAUGAAAAACAUACCUGCAGCAUGGAUGCUGCCACCACCAUGCUUCACUGUGGUGGUGUUCUCACGGUGAUGAGAGGUGUUUGCUCCAGACAUAGCGUUUUUCUUGAUGGCCAAAAAGCUCAAUUUUAGUCUCAUCUGUCCAGAGCACCUUCUUCCAUGUGUUUGGGGAGUCUUCCACAUGCCUAUUGGCGAACAAGCAAUGGCUUUUUUCUGGCCACUCUUCCGUAAAGCCCAGCUCUGUGGAGUGUACGGCUUAAAGUGGUCCUAUGGACAGAUACUCCAAUCUCCACUGUGGAUCUUUGCAGCUCCUUCAGGCUUAUCUUUGGUCUCUUUGUUGCCUCUCUGAUUAAUGCCCUCCUUGCCUGGUCUGUGAGCUUUGGUGGGUGACCCUCUCUUGGCAGGUUUGUUGUGGUGCCAUAUUCGUAAACAUUUUUAAUAAUGUAUUUAAUGGUGCUCCGUGGGAUGUUCAAAGUUUCUGAUAAUUUUUAUAACCCAACCCUGAUCUGUACUUCUCCACAACUUUGUCCCUGACCUGUUUGGAGAGCUCCUUGGUCUUCAUGGUGCCGCUUGCUUGUUGGUGCCCCCUUGCUUAGUGGUGUUGCAGACUCUGGGGCCUUUCAGAACAUAUAUGUGACAGAUCAUGUGACACUUAGAUAGCACACAGGUGGACUUUAUUUCACUAAUUAUGUGACUUCUGAAGGGAAUUGGUUGCACCAGAUCUUAUUUAUAGUAUAGUCAAAAAAAAAUAGAAUGUUUUUAAACAAGUCAUUUUUUUCAUUUUACUUCACCAAUUUGGACUAUUUUGUGCAUGUCUAUUACAUGAAAUCCAAAUAAAAAUCCAUUUAAAUGACAGGUUGUAAUGCAAAAAAUUGGAAAAAUGCUAAGGGGGAUGGAUACUUUUGCAAGGCACUGUAUUGCUAUUGCUUAGUUUAACUUUUGUCUUCCGGAUCAGAAAGUGUCCUUGUUUAUUCCCAUUCCCAACUAUUGCCGAGUCAGCCCCUGGCAUUAUUUAUCUCAUCAAAGGGCACCUGUGAUUAUGAUAUCACCAAUGAAAUGGAGAUCAUGUAAAAGACCAAAGCACAAACUGAACAGUACUAAUGGGAGCUAAGGGUUUAUAUGUGUGUUUAUUAUUAAUCAAGAUAUUUGGUUCAUAACAGUAGUAUGAUAGAGUAAUGGCUUUUGACAACUACUUUUGGUGUCAGUUGUUUUCUUGAACAUACAUAGUGUUUUUAUACUCUUUGGUAUUUACGAGACGAUAUGAGAAGUUGGUGUGGAAGUGUUGUAUGUAUACGGACAUUGAAAAAAAUUAUAAUAUUUGCUCAGGAAUGGUUGGACAUUGAAUAAAGGUGCUAUGGAAAACAA